AUGAUGCCACUCACGGAAGCGGGCGCCCCAGCACAAGGAGGGGGCCCUGCAGGGACGGGGUGGGCCAGGGGAAGGCGAUGGCGCCUCCCGCGGCAGAAGUCUUUUCUCCACGGCCUCUGCCGCCCCCUGCGUCCCCACCCAGGCUUCGGAGAGUCUGACUCAGCCGAGCUCGCAUCGCUUCACCUCCUACCACGCACCCGGAGCGCGCGGAGAAAUUACAGGAUUGCAGGGGCACGGCUAAUGCGCUCUAAUUACCCACCGCCGCUCUUCUCCGCGGCGCUCUGCUGCGCUGGGCCAACGCAUCCUAAUUAGGCCGCCCCUCCCCGGUCCCAGAACCCGUCCCCGUCCCCAGUCCUCAGGAGCGCGCGCGUUGGCUUUGCCCGCCGACGCCUCCUGUCGGCUUCCUAAACUGCCCCAGAAGAGAGCCCUGAGACCCCACCUGUGAUGGAGAGAGGGAAGGAGCAGGACUUGGGAGAUCCGAGCCUCCCCCCCCCCCCCCCCCCGUGAGCCAAUAGCCGUGAGUUGUCUGUCCGUAAGAGUGGGGAGGAGGUAGGACCCGUUUCGUUGACAAGGACACUGAGGUCCGUGGAAAGUAACUGCCCAGUUAAGGGCACCACGGCAAGAGUAUCCCCAUUUUGGACUUGAGGCACAGAAAAUUGAAGGCUGUCUCUGGGAAGGCCACCCAGCCAGAACUCCCAGCUCGGCUUAUUUCAGGGCUUACGACCCACCCCACAGGCUUCUUCCUCUGACAGGGAAAUUUCCCAUCGCAGACCUGGAACCCCCCUGGGAGGCCGGAAGGCCCACCAGCUGUGGCCUGUGGGUCAGAAGGGAGCUAGUGAGGAGGGGCUAAAAAGUCUUGCCUCCCAGGAAGGGUGGGAGAGGCCCAGAGACCCAGAAGCCAGGCCCUGUGGCCGGGCAGCAGGAGGAGCAACUUGGCUGUCAGCUUCUUUAUCCAAACCAGGGGCCCUUUCCUCUAUCAGGAAUUCUUUCCUGAUGUCCAGGGGGUUGCAGACGCGUGGCCUUGGGCCAGGUUUAAUCUUUAGUGAGGUUUUGUUUGGCCGGCAAUGAGUAUGUGUUUUUUGGGGUUUUUUUGUUUGUUUGUUUUUAUUGAAUAUGAGAGCUGACAGUGUGAGCUGUCUGAUUGCCCUCCCCAGUGUCAAAGGUCAGUGUGGUUAGACUAGUCCCCAACGGCAUUUGGGUUUGAGACCCCUGAUUGAGACCAGUCCACUUGGCCUUGCCUUUAACCUUUCCUCAGGAGCCAGGAUUUUUGUCUGCACUAAUGCCACCCCCUGGAAGUCUGCACGUUUCUUGGUAAGCCUGCCCAGCUUUCCCACCCCAGAAGUUAUCACCUGAAAGCUACCCAGCCCAGUCCAUGCCUGGCACAAGCUCCCUCUGCUUGGAACUCAGGAGCUCCAUAAACAUCCAAAGAGGGAGGAAAGAGGUGCCUUGAACGGUCCAAGGGCUGCCGUAUGUAGGUUCUCCAGGGCCAGAGGGAGCAGGAGCACCAGCACCAGCAGAAGGUCAGCCUAGGGAGUCAGAUUUCAGAUCAUCAAUAGUAAGAUUUUAGAAGUCAGAUGGUCACAGUGUGGACCAGGCUGCCUCAGAAGACGGUAACCCAAUGAGGAGGACCUAGGAAUUUUGUUCUUGAGGAUUUCAUAUCGUCUGUUCUUAAAAUCCACCAGCAGUCACCAAGUUUGAGGCACUAUGGGAAAAUCGCAAAGACUAAUGUGAGACAUCAGGAAGGCUUCACAGUGCUGUCAUUUGAACUGAGCCUUGAAGGAUGGCUUAUGGACUUGUGACUCACAUAAUAGGCAAUGGUAGAGCAUGAGGACUAUUGCCCACAAGUGAAGGUGGCUGAGAAAUGAGCACAGGCUUUGGAAAGAAAGCAGAGGAGAAUGGGGAGUGACCGGAAAAGUGAACUGGAGCUAGAUCACAGUGGACUUCCCAUGCCAAGCUGAGUACUGGAAUUUUCUGUUGUUGGCAAUGGAAAGCCACUGAAGAUACUGGAGUAGAAAGUAUGCAAAGAUGAGCUCUGUGCCUAACAGGAAGGUUACUGAGGCUGCCUGUGGAGAAGCAAUGGGAGGGAAAAUAUGGUGGCAGAAAACCACUGUCACAACAGUCCAAGUGAAAGAUACACAUGAUGUCAUGGAUAAGGACAGGUCAAGAAGACGGGAUGAAGGAAUGGAGACCACCUUAGAGCCAAGCAACAUUGCAGGGGUUGAUAAUGUUUUUAUUAAAACAAGGAAUAUUAUUUCAGUGUGAGUUUCCCUAGAAGUAGACCCUAAGAAAACUAUUUGGAUAUACUUCAUUUGGAAGGUGAUCUUAAGAAAUAACAGGAGAGAAGUAGGGAAUUCAAGCAGGAAAGUGAAGAUAGAAAAAAAAAAGAUGGGGGGAAUUAUAUCAAGUCAGUUAUCCCUGUGGGCAAUCGAAGGUCAAUCUUGCUGGAGGUCUCUGGGAAGACAUUGGAAAAAUGCACAUCUCUGAGUUUCCUUGAAGAGCAAAGGAGUAGGAGCUAUUUCUCAUCUGGCUCACACCAGCCAUUGUUUGAGGGUUGCUCCCGGGAGCACUUGCCUCUGACCUUUUGGAAAGUCCUACAUGCAGGCGCAGGCUCGGGUAUAAAAGUUUCAGGUGCAGGAUGCCUGGGUGGCUCAGUCAGUUGAUCGUCUGCCUUUGGCUCGGGUCAUGAUUCCAGGGUCCUGGGAUGGAGUCCCACAUCCGUCUCCUUGCUCAGUGAAGAACCUGCUCCUCCCUCUGCCUUCUGCUUCCCCUGUUCAUGCUCUUUCUCCCUCUACCUCUCUCUCUGACAAAUAAAUAAAUAAAUUUAAAAUAAAAUAAAAAUAAAAAAAUAAAAGUUUCUGCUGGUUACAGUUGGAAGCUACCAGGUAGCUAUGUGGAAAAACAAAAACAAUGAGUACCUGGAAGAUGAGGCAAAGCUCUGAUAGUAUCUGCCACACACAUUCUUUGCAUAUAAGACAAGUAAUUUAGCCAAGAUGGCUCCAUAUCCACAAACAAUUCCACAAGUGAACCAGAUAUUUCUGAGAGCGGGCCCUAACAGCUGAAAUACCCAGCUUCUGUGACCCCAGGAAGGCAGAGAAGGAAUCUGGAGUACAAUAAUAUGGUUCUGUCAAUUUUUUCUUUGUAUGUUUUGAUGCCAAGUUAUUAGGUGCAUGCAAAUAUAAAAUUGUAUCUUCCUAGUGAAUUGUAUCAUUGUGAAGUAUCUCUCUUUAUAUCUAGUAAUGCUUUCAAACCUAUUAUUUAAUAUGGCUCUAAUAAAGUUUUGUUUUGUUAGUCUUA